AUGGCGACUCCUGUGGACGACCAAACCGUUCUGAUCCCCGUCAAAGUCGACGCCUUCGUCUUCAAUUCCAAGGUCUGCGAUGGAGUCCCUCCUGAAUCUGCAGGCACUCAAGAGGACAAUGAACCAACCGAGACACGGCUUCCAACCCCGACAGCGGCCAAGAUCGCGCCUAUUACCCAACCCAACUACACGUUUUUGCGGCUGGACCGCGAUGUCAUCCAGCCAGAUAUUCAGAACCCGGUUGACCUGAACAACUCAUGGCCGUCGGGGUUCAAUUCACGCUUCACUGAUCUUGGGAGCGACACGACAAGAAAGCACCGCGUCGGUGUCUAUUUGCACUGGACUAUGCCACGGCUUUACCGCAGCGGCAUUGCAGCGGCUGGCCCCGAAGUCGCGAAAGGAGCUGAUUUCCGAGAUGCGCGGGCCGCAAGGGGUCUCGACGAUCUCAAAGUGGAAACAGACGACAACCAGAAUGAUGACGAAAACAACAACCGCGGACACCGACGAUGGCUCGUCAUCCGCCACAUCAGCGACUCGUCAUCGAUCAUGCCGCCUGAGGCUCGAGGAAGCGUCAAGGAGUUCACCGCAUGGGUUGUUGAGAGCGACAGGCUCCGCGCUCUCGAAGAACUCGGACCUGAGGAGGACCUGCAACUACGUAUCAAGUUGGCCGACAAGAAGGACCAGGAGAAAGAAUUCAAGAAUUGGCUCGGUUCACAGGCCGACACGCGGCUUGUGUGCCAUGGCGCUAUGUAUCACGUAAACUGGGAUGUUGACAAGAAACCGGCCAAGGUCCCAGCCGAUGACUUUUCCACGCAUCUCAACAGCAGCUUGCCAGUUGCUGUUGGCACGACGCCUCUGGACGCGCUGACGACGUAUGCGCGGGCAAUGCGUAAGAUUGAUCCGGUCGACAGCAUCCCGCACAAACUUGAAGAGUAUAUUGGUGCCCUUGAGCGACACCUGCUUGCGCGGGACGAUGGUGUUGAAGCACAGCAGCAGGCGAAAGAUCUGCUUUACAACUGGAACUACCUACAUGGCGAUGGUGGCCAAGCGUGGCAUACCUCGGGUGCUGAGGAGAAUGGCAAUGGCGGAAACAAGGAUCGCCCCAUAGCGCCUCCAGCUGUUCUCGGUAACCUUCGGAGACUAAACAUCCUUCAAAAACUGCUUGACGGCGUAGAGCGUACAACAGCCCGGCUUCGAUGGGAGAUGUUUGCUCUUUGGUGGUGGCUCGUCUCGGAUGCCACCAAACAGCGUGAAGUCAAGACGGGCCCUCGUGUGCGCAAGCUGGAUACAAGAGUUGGCGAGCUUGAGAACCGCCGAAAGGAUCUCAUCGCGGAGAUCAAUGGAUUAGCCGGGCCUGAGAAGACAACCAGGACGGUCCAACCGGGAGCAAGGCCUGCUUUCCACCAGCAGCGAGACCCGACACUGCUUAUUGGUGGCAUCCAGUCUGGCUGGCAGUACGAUUACCUUGAUGAUCUUCUCAUGCGACAUGAAUCUCAGACGGUGACAGCAUUGGAGAAGCCGAGGCCAGUACAGCCAAGUCCCGAUGUACCAGAGCCCGACACAACGGAUGGCCCAUCAUGGAGCGAGCUUGGCACGAUUGUGCUUCCAAAGCUGCCGAAGGAACUCCGACCUGCAAUUAAGCGGCUCGUUGACGAAUUUGUCUUGCUACGCCCGCAGACGGAGGAUCUUGAGCCGGCGCUCGCUGACAACGUGCAAGCACCGCUCUUCCACGACAAAAAGGAGCAUCGCGAUGGCGAUCAGGUCAAAAUGGGGCCCUGGCGCGACCGCUGGAAUAACACACAGCCAUGGUUCCCACUGUUCCUCGGGUGGGAGAUCGAGUAUCACCACGUGCCGUUUUAUCUCUGGACCCUGGCACCUCUCUCGAGCCGAACUUUUAAGACAAAGCGGCUGCGAUACGGCAUCGACGGCAAGAAGCCAUCAUUCUCGCUUGAAGCUAAGAUCCGACAACUAUUUGAUAGCACUCCAGCAAGUGACCUCGGCGAAGACAAACAAAAUCACAAGAAGGAUAAGGAGGACGAGCAAGAUGAGGAAAAUAACAAUGAAAAUGACACGGAGAAGGACAAAAAGAACGGCGGAUCCUCGACAAGCACAAACGAGAGGAAUUACUUCGCGAACUUCAUCAUACAGCAGGGCAAUCACAUCAAAUCUAAUCUGCGUCACGGCGGUACGGGCGAGGCCAUCCACGCUAUUGAUCCACGGCCAAGCAAGAACCCGCAGAAGGUAUGGCCAUGCAUUGGCGAGUGGCUCGCGCCGCAGCUGAGAGGAGAUGGCACGGCAAGGGAGCCGAAUGUUGUCGAACGAGAUGAAGGUCUCACGAGGAAAGUUCCCAGCCAUGAGGAUGGUGGUAAUGGCGAUGACGAUGAUGUGCGCGAUGAGGACCCCAAACCCUGCGAGUUCAUGCAGAUUCCGCCUCAGAUCAAUCAACAAGCCCGUCUGAACGCAACUUUCGUUGUGCGAGCUGACAAAACCGACGAUGCCGACGGCGACGAAGGCAUUAUCACACAGAACGGCAGGCUCUUGCCCUCCUCAAAAACGUUAACACCUUUCUGGCGCCCAGCAGACGAGUGGGAGAAUCCCAUCUGGGGCUGGGUGGUCAUCAAUUACGCCAACACAGGCAUACAGCUCUUCCUCCCGGACGGAACCUUCUACCGGGAGGUUCGACUCGCAGGACCCUCGGGUGCCCAGACCUCGCCUGAAUGGUUACCCUUCCGGCCACCCAAAGCCGGCGACGAUCUGCCCAAAAAGCCAGAGAUGCAGCAGCUGCAGCUUCUCGUGCAGCGGCUCGGAGGUGAUCCGAAAUUUCUUCACGCCUUCUGGAAUAUGAUCGAGACGUCCACGUCAGAAAUGGAUGCCGCUGCUGCGCCUGAGGCUUACGCCGAGUUCGCGAGUGCGCUUAUAGGGCGUCCACUGGCUCUCGUGUAUGCCGGAUGGUCACUGGAGCUGGCAGCUGAUGCCCUCGUGAGCCAGGCUGAUGGCGAGCAGGAAGAGGAAGAUGGAGAUUCCAAGACUCGGCCAAGAAAGCCACCCCAUGGAUUGCUACCCGGCACAGGCAAUGAACAGUACUCAUUUGGCGUCAAGAUUGGUGACAGGCAGCGUGGGUUCGAUGGUCUCGUGGGUUACUUUGAGUGCCGCGAGAGCUUGUCCCCAGAGGAUACUAAAGACCUCGGGCUCGCGCUCAAGAGUAUCCAUUCAGACUUCGCACCUGGCGGAAACGAGGUGGAAGAAGAUCCUGAUCACCUCCCACCUGUCGCACAUUCAAAGCUUGUGCAUCUCAAUGCAUACUACGAAAGUCCUGAGCCGCGCCACGUGGUUGAUGCCGAAGAGUAUGCACGUCGACACAAUGCGCGACUCCAGGUCUUUGGAGCACUCACGGAUCCGUUUGUGCCGCUGCACGUCUACUCGGGGAUCUUGCCUGUGCGGGAACUGUCGUUACCGCCGUGGACUUGGCAGGGUGCCCUAGCGAGGAUGAAAGCCUUCUUCCACGCUGGCCCCAUCAUUGUCACGAAAGACGUUGCAAACUUUGACGACAAUCGUGAGCUUGCGCCAGGUGUUGCUAUCACGCUCCCCGACGUGAAGCACGAGGAGGGGGCUGUUGGACUUCCGGCUGUGGCGGGCGGCGACUGGGCAUGGCUGCAGCCGUAUUACCCAGGGGAAGCAAAACAACCUCCGGCCGAGGAUGAUGGUGGCAGAGCAAGUGACGGUCCCGUGGUGCCACCGGCUCCGAUUGAAGCGCUCGAGAGAUACAUGGCGUUGCCGGUGCCAGCUGAGGACGAGCGUGCCAGAUUUGAUCGUGGGCCGCAUACGGCACUGGAGGGAUAUCUCAUGAUGCUGGGCCGCGAGAAGAAGUCGAAGACAUGA